GAGAACAUGACCUCAGGGGCCUUUCUCAGUCUGAAACUUAAGCUUGGAGGAGAGAAGUUUAGUAAAGAUAUGGAAACAAGCAUAGAAAUUCUACAGAAGGAGAAGAACCAUGGGGCUUCCAACUCAGGCUCCAUCCAUGCCCAGGAGAAGAGUAUUAGGAGGCUGAGUUGGGCUGUGGCAUUCUGCUUCAUUCUCCUCUCCGCAUUGACACUCUGUACGAUUUGCCUAUUACGAAGUGGUUUUCCUGACAAGAAAGAUAAGGUACAAGUGGACAAACGUAUUGAGAUAAGUCCGGACGGCAAUACAAGACCCAAGGCUCACCUAACAGGCACUAGGCAAGCAGAUUCAAGUGCUCAAGAUCUGCAUUGGGAAUCUGAACUUGGUCUGGCAUUUCUCCAAGGUGGAAUGAAGUAUUCCAACAAAUCCAUCAUUAUUCCUAUAGCAGGAUAUUACUUUGUGUACUGUCAGUUGUCUUUCCGCCCCCAGGCUGGUACGUGUGCGGAUGAAAAGUCCAUAUCACAGAGCAUCACACGCUCCAAUUCCAACUAUCCAGAUCCAGAAAUUAUUCUUAGUGGAAUUUCGUUUUGUACAAAAGCCCGGAAAACUUACCAACCCAUUUAUCUGGGUGGCCUCCUCCAUCUGCAGAAAGGGGAUGAGCUGAAGGUCAAAAUGCAGCCUAUCACUCCAGUUGACACCUCCUUUGAUCAUAAAACCUUUUUUGGUGCUUUUUUGGUGUAAGGGAUUACUGUUGUGAGUAACACAGUGGGAAACACUCUCAUGGAUCCUUAUCUUUAAAGUUUAUUAAUUUAUAACUAUGUAUAUUAUAGAGCACCAUUAAUAUAUUUCACCAUUAAUAUAUUUCAAUUGUUUAUGUUUUAUGUUAAAGUUAUUUAGAUAUACUAAAGCUAAUUAUACAUCUUUCUUCCACAUGGAUUAAGACCAAGCUGAGGCUUUCAGACUACCGUGAAUGUUUGCUAUAACGUCAUUUCUGCUACCUACAACCCUUCAUCUAUCUAACACAUGUCAGAUACAUUCCCUAACAACUUAGUUGAGUCAAUGUAGUAGGACAGUGUUUCCUAUAUCAGGUUACUGUACAGUGCUCGAGGCAAAGGUUCUACUUCCUAGAAUGCAUGUAGUCAAAACAAGCUCUGUUUAGACUUUGAACCAUGUUGGGAAAUAUAUGCUCUGAAGCCUGAAGAAUUGUGAAAGCAGAGAUGAUUCAUCGAGCAGACUCUUUUGUUACUGUAUAUAGAAUAUGUGCACAUCCACUCUAACAAUCUUGUUUUUUUAUGGCUAACAAAAAAAAAAAUUCAAGAAGUUAUGUCACAUAGGUAGCUUUCGAAACAAUUUAGGUCCCUUUAUCAGUCAUGGUAAUGAUGCAUAAAAAGUUUUGAUAGCGUGCCAUUUUGUUAACCAGACAGCCACUUUCCCAUAGACUUACAUAGAGCACAUUUUUAAAAUGCUGACGUAAUUUGUUGGCAAUUUGUGGACGCAUUUUUACAAAUUAAAUACCCCUAAAAAAACACUAAAUAAAAGUUAUCUUAUCUGCAAGAGUGAUAGAAAAAAAACCAUAGAAAAAAAUAGAAAGGGAAAUUUUGACUGCAUAUGUAACACCUGUGGACAUACCAUACCAGAUAAAACCCCAACACAUAUCCUUCACUACACAAUAAUGAUGGAUACAGUGUAGUAUAGUAGAGUCAGGUGGUGCUAUCAUCACUGGGCCCAAAGAAAUGCAUAAAUUCUCUUCCAUGAAGAGUCACCCUCAUAUCAUAUGAACAGUAAGGGUUUGCUAUAGAAACAAUGGACAUUUCUCAACUUUAACCUUGAAAAACUGUUUGUAACCUGUCUACAUACAUUUCAAUGUUUAUAAAUGUUAAGCAUUUUUUUAAACUUUUUUUCAUAUGUGAAAGUUUAUAUAUCAUGUAACCACAACUUUUUGCACUGUAUCAGUUUUGUGAUAUACGAGUUAUAGAACAUUUUGUAAAACAUAUUGUAUGGAUAAAUGUAUAUGUUCCCAAAGCUUAUAAGAUGCUCUUUUUCGGCCUCAUCCAUGGAGUCUGCCUUAUGUAACUUUGUAGUAGGGAGCCAUUUGUGCGCCUCUCUAUGAUACUUGCAUGGCGUAGUAUCCUGGAAUGCAAUGCACAAUGCAGCCAAUAGAGUAUGCCAAAUAUUUUUAAAUAUGAAUGCAAGCAUGGUCCCAUAUUACAGCUGUAAAAAAAAUGGGGGUUGUACGGAACCCAUCUUUUUCUGAAAUUAGGUUGCUGGCCAUAUACAGCCCCGAGAAGUUACACUAAGUGAAGUAUAUCACUUAGUAUUAAAAGCACUUAGCAGUUCUUAUUUGCUCUAUUAUGUAAUCCUCUUUGGCUCUACAUAUAUAAAAUCACCAAAUAGGUAACAAAAUAUAAACCCUUGAAGGUUAUUACUAAUCUUGUGUAACUGUAAUUUUUGAAAAAUGUUAUAGAUUUUCUACAAAGCCGCCUUCCCUCUAACAAGAAGAUGGUGGGGAGAAACGGUGAUCAACUGAGCCCUACUCCC